AUGGGUGUGACAGGACGUGGUGGAGCUGCCGGUCGUGCACUUGGCGAUGCUUCUGGCUUGGACGGCGGCUCUACAUUUAGACUUGGCGGUGAUUGUGUGAAUGGCGGCACUGCGCGUGGACUGGAUGGUACUGGGCGUGGUUUAUCCGGCGCAUGUGGUGUUGGCGAUACUGGCGUGGAUGGCCACUCUGCACUUGAACUAGACGGUGCAGGCCGUGUUGGACCUGACGCUACCGUUGGACUUGGUGGAGGUGCGGCUGGACUGGGUGGUGGAGCAACCAGACUUUGUGACGUCGGUUGUGCUGACGCAGGCGUCCGUGGGCUUAGUGAUACUGCUGGUGUUGCUGGCGCAGGUCGUGGUAGCUCCCGGGGACUUGGUGAUACUGCAUGUAUGGCUGGUUGCGGUGCAGCAGGGCUUGGUGGUGCUUGUGGAGUCGGCAGCCGUGUACUUCGUAAUGCCGCUCAUGUGCCUCGUGGCACUGAAGUUGGGCUUGAUGGUGCUGGCCGUGGUGAAACCGGUGCUCGCGGACGUGGCGAAGAUACUGACGAGCGGCAAGUGUGA